UCGCGACCCCUUUAUCUGUGUGUUAUUGUGUGUAUAACUCUGACCUCUGUUGCUGCUGCACACGAACGCACCCCCCCCCACCCGGUCUGCUACUGUACGGGACUCCGUAGAGAAAAGGCACCGUUUAAGAUGGUCGUGCCCUGAGUCAAAAACAGGCUCGGGCGAGGUUCGAACCUGUGACUGCCGGAACCGAACGGGUGUUGCUCUACACCCGGCUGUACUCACUUCACCUCCAGGGUCCCCGUUCCCUCAAAGCAUCCCCUUUUACGACCCGGUUCACCGUAAUCUCCGCCGCCGCCUCCCGUGUGUCGCGCCGGUGUUAAAUGGAGAGGUUUUUCAAAGGGGAUCCGGUUCGACUAAACUAAACCGUGAUUGGUGGAUGCGACGAUGUACAGGUUGAACUUGAUGCCAGUAAAAGCAUCAGGACCGGAGCUCGGUGGUGAGUCUGGUUUGUGGCGACUGAGGGAACCAAGCUGGUCUGGGGUCAGUUGGGGUCAUAGACUUCACCUUUUUUUUAGGACCUGGUUCUUCACGCUCGUGGAGAAGAGGACUCUUCCUGUGAUUGGUGGAUGUGAUUCGGCGUCACGGGGAAGGAAAACAUUUUGUCUGUUUUUGUUUCCUCGUGUAUUAAAAAAACAUAUUUUUACACGCCCGUGUGAAGCAGAUCGGUGAGGUUUUCUCGUAAAACAAUGGUCGCUUCUGUCCUCAACAGGUUCUCCUCCUCGGAGACCAGGAAGCCCCGUGAAACAUGUUUAUGUAUCCACGGCAACCUGCUCAGGUUCCUGCUUCCUCGUUCGGUCACUAGACCUCGGAUACGGGCGCUAAACUGGUUCAGGUCAGGGUUCUGGUUCAGAAGCCGGUCUCGUCUGGUCAGGGUUCUGGUUCAGAAGCCGGUCUGGUCUGGUCAGGGUUCUGGUUCUGAAGUGGGUCUCGUCUGUGUCUUAGUAUAAGUACACUGAAUACUGGGUCUUUAGUAGUAUAAAUACACUGAAUAUUACUGGGUCUUUAUUAGUAUAAGUACACUGAAUACUCAGUAUUUACUAGUAGUAAAUAACCAGUAAUAACCAGUGUACUUAUAAAUAUAAGUACACUGAUUAUUACUGGGUCUUUACUAGUGUUAUUACACUGAAUACUGGGUAUUUACUAGUGUUAUUACACUGAAUACUUGGUCUGUUUUAGUACACUGAUAACUGAGUCUUUACUAGUAUUAGUACACUGAAUACUGGGUCUUUUACAAGUAUUGGUACACUGAUCAGCUGAUCCAGCUGUGAUCAGGAAAGGACGUGUUUCCUCUCUCCUCGCAUGGUUUCCUUGCUCCCCGUUGUGAGGAAACGCACCCGGUGACCUGCAGUCUGAAUGGGAGACGCGUGACAUCACUUCCUGUUCACCAACCCCAGGACGGUGAGCAAAGUUCAGCUCGGAGUCAAUCAGUGACGAAGACCUGACUGCCAUGGAGGUCAAAGGUCGGACACGUUGCCCAGGGGACUGAUGCAAUCCAGGACUGAUGGGAUCUAGGACUGAUUGGAUCCCCCUCAGGCACCACCACAUCCUCCACCGAAGACCCUCAGGGACUGUGUGGCCUCACAGAGCUACGCCACCAUCAACGACCUCCAGAGACCUCCACCUGGUCUGGUUACAUUUACCUGAACCAGACGGUCUCUGUGCUCGCACUCCGCUCUCCAGCCAUGGACCACAUGAACCACAUGAACCACAGCGCCAUGGACCACAGCGCCAUGGACCACAGCACCAUGGACCACCAUCACACCGUGUCUCCGCCCACCACUAGCGGACACGACCACGGAGGUGGAGUAGUUGGAGGAGAGGGACACGGGGGGAUGGUGAUGACCUUCUACUUCGGCUACAACGUGGAGCUGCUGUUCACCGGCCUGCUCAUCAACUCACCUGGAGAGAUGUUCGGGGCGUGUAUUGGUGUCUUCCUAUUGGCCGUGCUGUACGAGGGGUUGAAGAUGGGUCGUGAGACGCUGCUGCGUCGCAGUCAGGUCAACGUCCGCUACAACUCCAUGCCUCUGCCGGGGGCUGAUGGCACGGUGCUGAUGGAGACGCACAAGACAGUCGGCUCAGUGAUUGACGAUCAGUGUUUGGAGGAGGCGGAGCGUUCUGUUGGACUAAAGUCCCGCCUCUCACGAAACUUUAUCAGGCAGCGGAUGAUAAGCCCCGCCCACUUCCUGCAGACCCUGUUGCACAUCAUUCAGGUGGUCGUCAGCUACUUCCUGAUGCUCGUCUUCAUGACCUACAACGCCUACCUGUGUAUCGCCGUGGCAGCCGGCGCCGGCAUGGGCUACUUCCUGUUCAGCUGGCGGAAGGCGGUGGUCGUCGACAUCACCGAGCAUUGUCAUUAGCUAACGUAGUAGUUAGCAUCCAAUCGGGACGUUUGAUUUCUGCUCAUCACAAUCGCUAAGACGCUAACAAACACUUUCACUUUACGUUAGCUAACUAGAACGUUAGCGUGGAAAAUGAGACACUAAAUCACAAACGUUACCCGGUAGGUUAACUUGCACACUAACAUCUGUAGUUAGCGAUUUAUUAAUCCGACAAGCACUUUUUGUCAGGUUUUUUUCUUUCUCUGAACUCCAGCUGGUGGACGAGCCGAUCCAAUCACGGCUCGGAUCACCUCAGAAGGUUCUGAUUGGCCAAAUCACGUCUUACUGUCUUUUAUUUCCAUUUUGAUGCCAUGAAACAGGCAGAUUAGCGCUAGCUGCUGUUAGCCAAAAUGUUAUCAUAUGUAGCUACACUUGUGAUGUUAGCAUUGUUAGCCAUCAGUCAAGGAAACAGUAUUUAAACAUUUAUUUUUAGUAUAAUUUAUUAGCGAAUAGAGGUUUACAAAAGUUUUCAUUUACAUUUUUAUUAGUUAAAUGAAAUUAUUAAAAAUAACAUUUUAGAUUUUUGUUGCAGUUCAAUCAAAAACACCUUCACUAAAUAAUGAGCCAAAUUGAUCAGUAUAUAUUUUAAGAAUUCCAUUUUCAAAAAACUAGGUAUCCAUUUUCUUUUUUGAGAAUUCCUGUUGGUCGGCGAGCCGUUUUUUAAACAAACAUUCUUUGAUUUUAAGUAUGAAACGAGUCAAAUCAAUUUUUCUAAAAAAACAUUUUGUGUUUUUCUCGCCGUUUUUGUCUGUCGGCCUGAAACCCGACACCUGUUGCCUUAAAGUGGCCGACAGACGUCCUGCUGUCAAACGGACUGGAGGCCAGUGUUCGAUCUCUCGGUGCUGCUGUUCAACAUGCCUGUUCACGUGGAGGCUCUGCUAGUUUCAGGACAACUUGUAGGCUCUUUACUUUUGUAGUUUCUUGAGCGGAGGUCGAAGUUCAGCGAGAACAAAACCACGAUUAGGGAGGAAAGACCAAAAAUAAAGGUUCCUAACUUUUAACUUUUCUUUCCGGCUGAAUUUGACCUCUAGAGACGUCGUUGUGAUUUAUUGGGAAUAUUUUUUCUUAUUUUUAUCGAUUCACACUGACAGGUGGGCGGAGUUUACUUACUGGACCAAUCAGGUUGCAGGGACAGAGGGAAGUUACUGGAUUUUUACUCAAACCUAAAAUUAAAAAAAAAACGAAAGUGUCGGCAUACCUUUCAGUGUGUGUUUGUCCGUGCAGCAAAGUGUUGUUAGACGUCCCGUCAGCUUCAGGGUUGAAUCUCUCCUGUGAAUCUGUUGAUGUUGUUGAAGUUGGGAUAUCCGAUUAAAACUGUUUGUGAAGGAAUCUGUCAGAAUAUAAAGUGUCUGAAAUAUGUUUUAAUUGUCACAAAUGCUGGAAUUAUUGUAAAAAAAAACAUAUAAUAAAGUUUAUAAAGAAA